CCAGGAAGAGAGACAGCCGCACCCACACUCACAAGGCUACAUUCACAAACACAGACUCGACUAACAUUAAACCUCACAGCCGAAUUUGAACGUAGUUUAUGUUCGCGGUUUAUGUUUUUUUUCGCCGGAGUGCAGUCUCAGAUCUGUGAAUUUAUUGUAAAAAAUUGUCAACUGCGGCAAAUAUUAACUCACUGAACGAACAUUUCACAGAGUGAGUCCCGGUUUUAAAUACACGUUUAAUUAGAGAUGGCUUCUAGAGGGAAAUCGGAAACUGGAAAAUUGAAGCAAAACAUGGAAGAGCAACUUGACAGACUUAUGCAGCAGCUUCAGGAUCUGGAGGAAUGCAGGGAAGAACUGGACGAGGAAGAGUACGAGGAGACAAAGAAGGAAACUUUAGAGCAGCUGAGUGAAUUCAACGACUCUUUGAAGAAGAUCAUGACAGGGGAUAUGACCCUUGUGGAUGAUCUCAGUGGAAUGCAGCUGGCAAUCCAGGCUGCCAUCAGCCAGGCAUUCAAAACACCAGAGGUGAUUCGACUCUUUGCAAAGAAGCAGCCUGGACAGCUAAGGACCAGACUAGCAGAGAUGGAUCGUGAUGUAAUGGUGGGGAAACUAUCAAGGCAUGUGUACACACAGCAGAAAAUGGAAAUCCUCACAGCCUUAAGAAAACUUGGAGAGAAGCUCACUUCAGAGGAUGAGACUUUUCUUACCGAGAAUGCGACAGCAACUCUGAGCCAGUUUGAAAAAGUGACUGCAAAUUCAGGCUCUGAAGACAAAAUAAUGGCCUUAGCUAGCUCUGGAGUAAAAACAAAGGCAUAGUAUUUUUUUUAGAUUUUAUUAAAAAGAUUAACUCAUUGUCAUUAUCGAGACAGAUAUGUGCCAAUUGAUCAGUACGUUUUGUAAACCAUCAGUGCACUUCUGGUGUUUCUGGAUUUCCUAACACUUUUUAAACAGUAUUAUUUUGCAACCCUUAAAUUUUGUAAGUGUCUUUUAUUUGUCCAGAUAGAUGGUGAUUGUAUUGCCGGUACAACCUUUUGAUUUGUUGAAUGUGAAGGAUAGGCCAAGCAGUUCAAGAGAAACAGUCACUUGUUGCUGGGCUCAUUUUUCUUGAAAACUUAAAUAGUAAACGUUGUGAAGAUGUUGAUUUUCUUUUUUAGUUUUGUAAAUGUUCAAGAUGUCUUUUUUAAAUUCACUUUGCUUUCUGUGAUGAUUUUAACAAAAUAGCAAAGAAUCAUGACCUUUAUUAGUAACACUACUCUGUCAACUUGUACACAGAAUGCACAUUUGAUGUGUACUGUACAGUACGAUUUGGCAACAAGUUGGAAGGUAGAUCAACAUAUCUAACAACAUAUCUAAAAAAAGGCCCCCAGAGUGGCAAAGCUUUAACUACCCUGAACUUAAAUAUAGGAAUAGGGUAUAGGUAUAUGAAUUUGUGAUCUGUUUCUUGUUUCUAUCAUUUAAAAAAAUCAUUUUAUGUAAUCAUGGAUGAUCUUGCAGUUUGUGCUUAUAAAUGGAUAUACAUUCACAAAAUCAAUUUCCUUUUUUUCUUAGUGAGUAGUUCAAACAGUUUUGAAGUCAGUGUUUACAGCAGUAUCUAUAAAUAAUAAGGCUUUAAGCUGCUGUUUCUAACUUUAAGAGGAAGAAAAUUAAUAUUUAUUUAUUUGUUUUCCCAUGUUUUGACCUUAACAUAUUUGUUUCACCACCAGAGGGCACUAUUACUCCAAUUUCUACUCUGCAUCACUGUCUACAUGUAUUACUUCUGUCUCUAUGUAUUUUACUCUGGUUUUGUCAUUAUCUUUAAUUGUUUUUGUCUUUGUAAAGUACUUUGAUCGGCCCCUGUGUUUAUUCUGUUGUGUUAUUAAAGCUGCCUCCUCAUGUCUUAUAA